AUGGAUCCUCCGGAGGACCACUUGUCAAAAAGUCACGUCGAGCAUCGAGUGGAUAGAUUGCAGGUAGAUGUGGCUGAAAUGCUGCAACUCAUGGCACAACUGGUGCAGUCAGUCAACGAACUCUCUAAGGGUGGAUCCAUAUCUGGGCCAAUGGAGCAGGAGGUCCGGAAGACCAACUCUGCAACCCCCAAGACUCCAAUAACCAUACUGGUGGAGGAAGGGGAUGAUAGCCGCCCUAUGGAUCCUCCCGAAAUUGAAAGGGAGAAGAAGAUGAGAGAAAAGGUGGCCGAACUAGAAGUGGUUAUCAAAGGCAAAGUCAAGGAGAAAGACGAAGAGGACCUGUUGUUUUUCCUUAAAGGAAGAACUCCUGAAGACUUCAAGUGGAAGUUGGACAAAUUUGAUGGAUCAGGAGAUCCUAGAGCCCACCUCAAGAUCUUUGCCACCAUUGCUAGAUCUUGGGGACUUUCUGAAAACCAAAUGGGGCAAGCGUUCUUAUACUCGUUGGCCGGAUCUGCUUUAAGGUGGUUAACACAGCUUGACCACACUCAAACCCAAUCAUGGGCCUCUGUGGUUAAAGCGUUCACGAAGCAGUACUCGUACAAUACUGAGAUGGAUAUUACCCGAAGAGAGUUGGAGACCUUGAGGCAAGAACCGAGUGAAGAAUUUUUAAACUACAUCAUGAGGUUCAGAGAGAAGGCUGCGAAGAUGUGGAAUCGCUCCACUGAAGAGGAACAGGUGAAUAAGAUCCAUCGGGAUGUAGACAAGAUCCAGGAAAUGCUUAUGAGAACGGUGGUCUUAGAUGAUAAGUACCAAGAAGAGCUUCAACAGCUAGAACCCGUCAAAGAGCAGUGGUCACUCCCUCAAGCAAUCCAUCACUUGGAGAGCUCUAUAAAUCUAACUUUAGCUCUGGCACAAGACCUAUGUGGGACUCCUCCUCUGUCCCCAAAUCGGGGCAACAGAGAAUACCGUUCUCGAGGGGAAAGGAAGGAUCGCAACUUUUACAAGUCAUUGGCAGAAGCAAGAAAGAUGUACCAAGCGGCUUUGGAAGCCUUUCACGCUGUUAGCCAGUUGAUACCAGAAGAUUCUCACACAGUCCAACAAGUGGCUAAGAAGCAAGAAACCCUAUCAAAAAUCCUAGAUCAAGCCCAGAAGUCUAUUGUGGCCUUGUCCGAUGAGGGAGCUGAAAUCCGAACUUGUCCCAAGGGUCCCCUUAUCUUCAAUGAUAGUGACGAAGAGGAUGGUGACUUUUAUCCAGUCAAGUUGGUCAUCAAAGGAAGAGAGUCAGAAGUUACGGAAACUAGAAGUGGCCAAAAUUUCAAGAAUAAAGAUUUGACAGUGGAAAAAUAUUGGUCUAGCCAAUCAACAAUGGUCGUUGAGCCAGAAAAUCGAGUGCUAGACCAAUUAAAGAAGGCCCAAGCCAACAUCUUAAUCUGGGGAUUAUUAAUGUCACUCUUUUUCUCAGAAGAAGACUUACCCCCAGGAGGGAAGAAUCACAACAGGGCACUCUACAUCAUCGUGGAAUGUAACAAGAAUCAGGUUCCCCAAGUCCUGAUAGACAAUGGGUCCGUCCUCAAUGUGAUGCCUCUCAAAGCCGCGAGAUGCAUGGGUAUGUCUCUGGACAAGAUGAAGUCAUCCAGUCAAACCAUCAGAGCAUAUGACAAUUCCAGGAGGGAGGUAAUGGGGAUUCUUACCACCAACGUCAAAAUCGGGCCCGCCUGUUUCACCAUAGACUUCCAAGUCAUCGAUGUUCAAGCAUCCUUCAACAUGUUGCUCGGGAGGCCAUGGCUGCAUUCAAAAGGCGCCUUAGCAUCUAGUCUCCAUCAAAAGCUGAAAUUUCUACAUGACCAGAAGGUGAUUACCAUCUUCGAAGAUCUAGAAAUGGUGCAUACGUUGGCCAACAUAGAAGUGGAUGGAUCAAUCUCACAGGAAGUACAAUUGGGAGGUUUUAAAAUCGGCCACAUUUGCACUUCCUUUGUAAAUGAAGAAGAUUCGGUUCUAGGGAAAUUCCCGAUGAUGUGGAGCAAGGCCACUGUGAGGAUCAUGAAGAAGAUGAAAUACUUCCCAGGACUAGGGUUGGGAAAGAACCAACAAGGAAUACCAGCAUUCCCGGAGAUACAAGCCAAUACUAAUCAUCAUGGUUUAGGAUUCAAUCCGAAGGACCCAAAGAAGAAAGCCCCAGGACGGAGAAACAGUGCAGUAAAUGGCAAUCCGUACUUCAAGACCCUGAAUGGGUACUUUAUGAAAGUGGGAGAAGACUUUCCUUACUAUGGAAAUCAGGAACCAUGGUUCGAUCAAGAACAAGGCAAACGUCUGCCAGGGCUUGAAAUAUUUUUUAGAGGUGAAGUAGAUUAG